AAGGCAAAUGAAAGGAGCGGGAGAUUUGUGAUGGUGAUACCACCUCCAAAUGUAACCGGAACUCUGCAUUUGGGCCACGCAUUGACCAACAGUAUUGAGGAUGCUAUUACCCGUUGGAACAGGAUGAGCGGCAGGUGUACCUUGUGGCUACCUGGUUGUGAUCAUGCGGGUAUAGCUACUCAGGUCGUGGUCGAGAAGAAACUGUGGCGCGAAAAGAAAUUGACUCGUCAUGACCUGGGUCGUGAUGCUUUCAUCGAAGAAAUUUGGAAGUGGAAGGAGGAAAAAGGCGAUUGCAUUUACGGACAACUUCGGGCGCUCGGGAGUUCCUGUGAUUGGUCUCGUGCUCGCUUUACAAUGGAACCAAGCAUGUGUCGGGCUGUGACUGAGGCCUUCUGUCGCUUGCAUGAACAAGGUUUGAUCUACCGCAGCCUCCGUCUUGUGAACUGGUCUUGUACCCUGCGCUCUGCUAUUUCUGACAUCGAAGUAGAUAAGGUUGAACUCAGUGGCCGAACUCUCCUUCAUGUGCCUGGAUAUGACAAACCGGUCCCCUUUGGCGUGAUCACUUCUUUUGCAUAUCCCCUCGUUCCCCAACCGGAUGAUCCCCCAGAAGGAGUGCAUCUCAUCGUCGCAACCACUCGUUUGGAAACCAUGCUGGGUGAUACGGGUGUUGCAGUGCAUCCUGACGAUCCUCGAUACACCCAUCUCAUUGGUCGCUCUAUCAGACAUCCGUUCAUCCCAGGCCGUGUGUUGCCAAUUGUUGGCGAUACUUUUGUUGAUCGGGAAUUCGGCACAGGCGCCGUCAAACUAACUCCUGCUCAUGACCACAAUGAUUGGGAAGCUGGUUGUCGGCACAACUUACCGGCUAUCACCGUAAUCGAUGAAGAGGGCAAUAUGACCGAUGCAGCUGGACCAGAAUUUGCAGGUCUCAAGCGCUUCCACGCCCGCGAAGCAGUCCGUCUUGGCCUCCAAAAGCUUGGUUUGUAUCGUGGUGAAGUGGACAACCCUAUGACGGUGCCCAUGUGUUCGCGAAGCAAAGAUAUAAUCGAGCCGCUCUUGAAGCCACAGUGGUACAUGAGAUGUCAAGAAAUGGCCGAUGAAGCGAUCAGAGAGGUUGCCGAAGGUCGGCUACGUAUACUACCCGAGAUGCAUAUUCGUACGUGGAACAACUGGCUCAAAGACUGCCACGAUUGGUGCAUUUCUCGUCAACUCUGGUGGGGUCAUCGAGUUCCUGCCUAUCACGUUUCCCUCUUAAAAGAAAAUACGGAAGAAUCCCUGGAUCCUUCCUUAAAUUCGUCCUGGGUCGUCGGUCGCACCGAAGAGGAAGCCUUGGAGAGAGCAACCAGACAGUUCGGCUGUACGGCGAAUCAGCUUCGGUUAACUCAAGACACCGACGUUUUGGACACCUGGUUCUCUUCUCAGCUGUUCCCUUUCUCCGUGUUCGGUUGGCCGGAUGAGACCGCUGAUUUCAAAGCAUAUUAUCCCGGUGAUUUACUGGAGACAGGACAUGACAUUAUGUUCUUCUGGGUCGCGCGGAUGGUAAUGAUUGGACUUCGUCUUACCGGAAAACUACCUUUCCACACUGUUUACCUACAUGCCAUGGUCCGGGAUGCACACGGUAAGAAAAUGAGCAAAUCUCUCGGGAAUGCCAUUGACCCGGUAGACGUAAUCCACGGAAUAACUUUAGACGCCCUACAAAAACAGUUGGAGCUUGGCAACCUGGAUCCCCGCGAAUUAAAGCGAGCGCGAGAGGCGCAAGCCAAAGAUUUCCCCAAAGGCAUUCCGGAGUGUGGAACAGAUGCGCUACGUUUUGCGCUAUGCUCCUACACGAAGCAGGGGCGAAAUAUCAAUCUAGACAUAUUGCGCGUUCAAGGGUAUCGUUUCUUUUGCAAUAAGUUAUGGAAUGCUACCAGUUGUGUUCAACUCCAUACUUUGGUUCGAGCACCAAAGUACGUUGGGUACAUUUUCAGCAUGCCGGAUACAGGAAAACAACAAGCGGAAGAGGAUAAAGUAAUGGACCUAAUCUCUCCGGUAGAGAGGUUACCAGCAAAAAUGAAGGUUGAAGAAGAGCUAUAUCAACGUUUGCCCCAAGCGUCGGCGGUGUCCGGACCCCCCGACACAUCCACGAGUUUGUGUGUCGCAUCCUAUCCGAAACCACUUGACGUCAAUGCUCUUCGUGAUGAAACUGUGGAAGCUGACUUUUGCCUCGUCCGGAGCCUCGUGCAUCAAAUGCGCGCAUUAAGAGCGGCUUACCACGUCAUCCCGCGGACCUGCUUCGAUAAAACCGGUGCGGUUUCCGGUUUUCUCGAUGCCCAAAUCUUAGCUCCCGCCUCCGUACUGUCCAGUUUAAUCACCGGAAACUACUUGAGCGAUGUUGUGGAACCCCUAGGAAAAUGUCACAUUACUAAGGCAACUUCUGAGAGAAGCGAAAUUGACGUUUCUGGAUGCGUGAGCGCGACUGUUGCUGCUCGUGAUCUCGCUCUCAAUUCUGAUGCAUCCCAGCUAGUCGCGAGCUACGAUGGACCGAACAACGAAGAAUCGGACGAGUCAGCGAUUGAUGAACUGCAGGAAAAUGAAACGUAUCCUCCUGCAGCCCUUGAUUUAUCGAUUACAUGUCAGCUCUAUCUCUAUCUGGCUGGCCACAUUGAUGUCACGUUGGAAGAAAAACGAUCUCGUGAUCGUUUGGCCAAGGUCUCAGAGUCCUUACGCUCUCUGGUGGAGGACGUUUCCCGUCCGGAAUAUGCAGCUAAAGUGCCUCUGACGAAAAGACGAAUAGAUCAACAAAAACAAUAUGAGUUAAAAGCGGAAAUCCAACGCCUUGAAGAAAUGGUGGAAAGUCUCAGGCUCAUGACCAACUGUGCUGAGGCCCAAUGUCCUCGGGAAUCUGGCGCAUUCCAUCCUCUUUUGGCAGCCACUUUAGAGCUGUCAGAAAAAACAAACGGCAUCGCUGACGGCUCGGGAAUCACAGACUCGCAGGCAAUGAUCGAGCAUGUGGCUGAUAGCACUCUUCUCGGGGGUACUGCACCAGCGUCUCGGGCACAAGUUAAACAAUGGCUCGCUUGGACGAUCCGCUUAAACAUGUUUGGCCAUUUCGACGAGAAACAAAAAUUUUGCGACCUUGUUGAACAGCGUGCCUCUGUCGUCAAUCGAACUAACAGGUAUUUAGCCGAUACACCGGAACCGACUUUGGCCGAUUUGUCUGCAGCUUACGGUUUACGAAGCUGGGCGAUGCAUACUUAUCGUUCAGCGACUACUGCAUGGUUAAAUCGACUGAGAAAUAAAUGUUCUAAACCUUUGGUCGGCGCGUUGAUCCCUUCAUGCCCCUGA